AUGAAUGAGACUGAACUAGUCGAUAAACCCAAGAAAUCAGUAAAAAUGGUUAAUAGUUUAUUUAACAGAAGUAUUGAUCAUUAUAAUUAUGGCCUACAAACGAAGAAUAAUAUUCGAGGAAUUUCUAAUCUUAAUGAACAACAAACAAGAAACGAAACACAACAACAACCAAACAGCAAUCAUCAAAUGCAAAAAAAUGCACAAAAGCUUUCAUUUAAUUCAACAUCUAGUGGUAGUAUGUGUUCAGAUAAAUCAACAAGCAAUUUAGAUACUACAAAACAAGAACCCUUUACACAUAUUGCAUCUGGAAACAAGACUUCUAGUCAAUAUGCAGCAAAACUUGUCUCAACUUUAUUAAAAGUUCGAAAGACUCAAACUACAUCACCUGAAGAAUCAGCGAGACAACAAAUAAGAAGUUCACAAGAAACAAAGUCAAUUUCGGAAAAUGUUUCGUUCAACUUGAAAGAACGACGAGUUAGAUUAAUAAAACCAAUGUCAAAAAAUUCGAUAUUGGACACAACAAAAAGAACGCGAUCAAGCACUGUCAUAUCUGGUGCUGAAUAUCUUUCUCGACAAUCAAAUGUCCAAAUACCCUUAGCCAUUGAGGUUGAAAAAAUUAAAAGAAAUAUAUUUACGAAAUGCCCAAUUACAGAAAAAAGAUAA